AUGCGGUGGAUGUUGAUGAACAACAACAAUAUAAGACACAUCAAAGCUUUCUCGCGAAACCAAGUCGCAGAAGAAGAAGCUGCAUUGAUCUUCCCAAAAGAUCCUCCAUGGUUUAAGCCAUGGAUGGUUCCUGUGAUGAUGCUUCUUGUUUUCUCUAUUACUGUUCUUAUAGGCAUCUGUCAACGUUGUCGUAAUUGUCGGCGUGGCGAAAAUUCUCCCAGCAUCCAUCCCAUCUCCCAGACAACCUGA